UGCCCGGGGGAGGGGAGUCCGAGCGCGGGGUGUGGCGCGGGCGCUUAGGCACUGAGCUGGGGGCAUCGCAUCGCGGCCGGGCCCGGGAUGGAGCUGGGCCGGCUGGAGUACCUGCAGGCCCUCGUCACCGAGUUCCAGGUGACGGACAGCCCAGAGGCCAAGGAGCAGGUACUGGCGAACCUGGCCAACUUCGCCUACGAUCCCAAAAACUACGAGUACCUGCGGCAACUUCAGGUGCUCGAUCUGUUCCUUGAUAUGCUCACCGAAGACAACGAGACCCUCGUGGAGUUUGCGAUUGGUGGUCUUUGUAACCUGUGCCUGGAUAAAACUAACAAAGACUACAUCUUGGAGGCGAAUGGGGUAGAGCCCAUCAUCAACUGCCUCUCCAGCUCCAACGAGGAGACAGUCAUGUCAGCAGUCACCACACUGAUGUACCUGACAACGCCGCAGUCGCGCCAGCAGACCACGGCUCUCCCGGUGGUGGAGUGCAUGCUUCGCUUCUCCCUCUCAGCCAGCAGAAGGCUAAGCAAUCUGGCAACCGUCUUCCUGGAGGACUACUGCACGCCACUGCAAGUGGAAGAGGCCAGGAAUCUGAGCAAACACACAGCCGUGGGGAUUCCUCUCCCCAAGGACUGAAGCUGUCAGAACAACAUGCAGUUGUUGAGAGGGAGACCUCCCUCUGUUUUCCCAGGCCUCCACAUUCUGCUCAGCAGGGCAAGAGUGUGUCAAGAACAACAUUGAAGAGGGAAAUUGGUCAUACUAGCACUGGAUUUUAAUUAAUAAAGGGGAUGGUACAGCACUAACAUGUCAGUCAGACCAAGCACACAGCUAAAACUUUGGGCAAAUAUUUAAAAUAAAACAGGUCAUGGCUGUUGGAGAGCAGGUUGCCAAGUACAGCCCAGCACCCAGCUUGCACAAAUAACCCCUCCCAGAAAUUAGGGGGGUUUCUGCUUGGGUUAUUGAGCAGCUUAUAUACUCUCCAGCUCUGGGCUGGUUUUGCUGCCACUCUCCUCUUCAAUGUCAACUCAAAUGACUUUUGAAAUAUCACAUAAACUUUAUUUCUCCUGCAGAAGAAAGAAGGUGUUUCCCUGCCCUGGCAGUUUGCAGUCCUACUGCAUCCAGUUGGUACUCAAUAUGCCAUCCUGUCAUCACGCACAGGCACUACACAGGGCAGGUUGUAGCUAUCCUAUAUGUGAGGAAGUGGAAAGUUGUUUCUUUCAUUACCACUGGUGAGAAAGGUGAAGAUUUAAAAAAAGAGCUUAUGGCAGUCUGGAUCAUGAGAACAGCUGUCUUGUAAAAGCUUCUCUUAAUAAAACAUUAACUUAAA